UUUUCACGUUUCGGUGUUUGGGGUCUGGUGUUGAUGUUUUGAAAUUAAGAAGUUACGAAGUUGUGUAUCGUAAGUGAUCGUAGUGUGUGCGCAUAUGUAUUAAAGAUGAAAACUUCUAAUUUAAAAAAGAAGAAAAGUAUAGUAAAAUCAGCUAACAAAAGUUCUAAAGGGGCUUUAAAACAUAGCAAAAAAAUGAAAAAAGUCAAAGCGACGUUUAACAAUAAAAGGAACAACCUUGAAGCAGAAGAUAUUCAAGAUGUAGAUCAAUUGGAAACUUUAACUCAAGCAAGUGAAAAGAAAUCAGCUGUGAAAAAAAAGAAAAAAUUGAAAAAGAAUAAUGUUCAAAUUGAAAGCUCUCAGGACAUGGAUCAGUUGGAAAUUUCAACUCAAGCAAAAUGUAAGAAAUCAGGUGUGAAAAGGAAGAAAAAUUUAAAAAAGAAUGAUGUUCAAAUUGAAAACCCUAAGGAUACGCAUGAUCAAAGUAACAUUGAAGCAGAUGAAACAGGCAAUAGUUCUAAAGGGAAGAAAACAUUUCAGAAGGGAAUUUUGUUACAGAGAUAUGAACCAGCUCUUGAUAUUUCAGAGUUUAAUUUAACUGAAGUUGGAAAAGAAAAAGUCAAACUGGAUGAACUUAUUAAAACAUCUCAAAAGCUUGCUGGACAAGUGCUAGUGAAGAAGCAACUUGAAAGUGCAAAAAAAUUAAGAAGUUUGUCCGUCCCUCUUAGCAAACCUCAGUUGGAAAAGAUUAAAAGGACUGUUGCAUAUGAAAAAGUGUGCAAUGAGGUUUCCAAGUGGGAUUCUGUGGUUCGAGGAAAUCGAGCGGCAACUCAAAUUACAUAUCCAUUGAAGAAGCCUGAACUUCGUCUUGAGAAUAUUGAGGAAGCAUCUGAAAGUUUUGUGACAAAGCAUCCAGUCCAAGAAGCUGUUUCUGAACUUUUGAAGACAAGUGACAAUGCUUUAGUGAAAACUAAGGAAUUGACCCCUGCUGAAGAGAAAGCUCUUCAAGCCAUGAGCUUGGAAGAAGCAAAACUGAGACAUAAUGAAUUGAUGAAACAUAGAGCCUUAAUAUCAUACAAAGAAGCAAAGGCAAGACAACGGAAUAAAAUUAAAAGCAAAAGGUAUCAUAGAAUUCUAAAACGGGAAAAACUAAAGAAAAUGAUGAAAGAAUUUGAAGAAUUGGAAAAAACAGAUGCUGCUGCAGCUCUUGAAAAAUAUUUAGAAGCUGAUAAACUACGUGUAUUGGAACGCAUGACACUGAAACAUAGAAACACAGGAAAAUGGGCUAAGCAGCAAAAGUUACGUGCAAAGUACAACCCAGAGAGUCGCAGUUCCUUGAAAGAAGACCUUAUUACUGGACGUCAGUUAAGAGAAAAAAUAGGUGCAGAGGAUACUGUUGCAAAAUUAAAAAUGAAAAUUACAGAAUCAAGUACAGCAGCAAAUGAAGAGCCUGACAUGUCUUUACUGCAUAAUCGAGGACUGGUUGAAAGCACUAUGAGUGAUAAUGGAAAUGACAUUGAGUCAAUGUUUCAAAUAGAUGACGAAUAUCAUGAUUCUCUAGAUACAGAAGAAUUUCCUCACGUUCUUGAUAAUCAUGCAAUGAAAGACCAAACAAAUAAUACUGCUACAGCCUUGCUCGAUAGACUUGUACUUAAAAAGCCGAGAUCAUCAGAACAGAACAAAGAAGAAUCAAAUGAAUUAGCCAAGCAACCAAAAAAAGCUAAAUCAAUUGUUCUUGAAGAUGAUAUGGACUUCAGUUCAGAAGUCACAUGCCUAAAUUCACUGGUCCCUGAUGAUAUUACCUUUGGGGAUGAAGAUCUAGAUGAUACGACUGAAGAAAGGAUAACGAUUCAACAAGCCUUUGCUGAUGAAGACUUUAUAUCUGAAUUCAAGGAAGAUAAAAGGUCCGCAGAACGGGCAAACAAACCAGAAACUAUAAAUCUUUUUUUACCUGGCUGGGGAUCCUGGGGCGGACCUGGCAUAAAAGCAUCCAGAAGGAAAAAACAACGUUUUCUUAUUAAGCCUGUUGAACUUCCUUCAAAGAAGAAUACCUUGGGCAAUGUAAUUAUAAAUGAAGAUAAAGAUGCAAAAGCUGCUGCUCAUCAGGUUAGCCAUUUGCCCUUUCCAUUUACAAAUGUUCAUCAGUUUGAGAGUUACAUUCGGCAACCCAUUGGAAAUACAUGGAAUCCACAAAGUAGUUUCCAGAAUUUAGUUGCACCGAAAGUAAUCACAAAGAUGGGAAAGAUAAUUGAUCCCAUUGAUGCUGAAGACGUUAUUCUGGAAACAAAGACUAAACAAACUAAAGUCAAGAAAGGAAAAAGGAACCUUAAGCAAAAUCAAUUAACUGCUUUUUAAUUCUUGUAUAACUCUGUAUAAAUACUUGUUCAAAAAAUAAAUAUAUUAUUGUUACUAUAUAA